ACUGAUUUGAAAUUUGAAUGCGGUAAUCUAUCCCGGAAAAGUAUCUUCAAACAUUUAAAUUCCAGGCGUGUUCAAUAAGUUUUCACUAUGCAAGUAGAGUAUAAAUUCGAUGUGGAUUAUGCCAAAAGUAACAGAUCUAAGUGCAAUAAAUGCAGAGUUGAAAUCGACCAAAAUUCUCUGCGUAUCGCCAUGUUGGUACAAGCACCAAAUUUCGACGGGAAAAUCCCCAGAUGGUUUCAUUACGAUUGUUUCUGGAAAUCAAAAGCGCAUGUUGAGAGUACUGCUGAGAUUAAACAUUUCGAUUCCAUUCGUUGGGAAGAUCAAGAAAAAAUUAGAUCUGCAAUCAAUAGUGAAAUCGGUUCUUUAAAGCCAACCAAAACCCGUAAAUUCACUGUGAAGUUAUCAGAUGGGGAUUUAUCGUGUACUCAUUGCCAGAAACCACUAAAGCAUGUGAGUAUUUAAUUUGUGUGUAAUGUUUGGAGAACGUCUUUAUUAGUUUGUUAUUUUUGUGUCGUUUUCUGCCAGUUGCAAGACGAUUUAUUUAUUUAGUAAAAGGCCUGUUUCCAAGAAACUGAAGUCGCUUCAGAAGGAUUUGUUGCUUUCGUCCAUUUAGGAGUACUUGUUAUAUGGACUCACAAGUCUAAUUUUCAGGCUUCAUUGUCGAUUAUUUUUUGGGUUACUGUACACGUAGUGUUCAUGUAAUCAAGUAGAACUUUUAGAAGACUCAACUUUUUCUGACUUUUUCUCGGAAUGUUUUAACUGUUACCGCUUUUUCUUUGUUUACUAUGUUUAGCUUGUCUCUGUUUUGGUAAUCGGGAUCGACCAGGUAAAUACUGAAUUGUGUUUGUGACAGCAAUAGUCACAUUUAUGGGUGACUCAAUGUGUACAAUAAGUAUAAUCUGAAGAUGAAAUCUUGCUUGUCUAACGUCCUCUCGUACUUCCCUAUGAUACUGUUUUGGGCAACAAGAAUAUAGGAAAACUAUGAACGGGUAUUAUUGCCGUCAAAAUUUAUUUACUUACUCAAUUGGUAACGGAGUCGUCUCAGGGUUUAUCAUGGGAAAGUUUGAGAUUUGUUGAAAUGAUAAACAGACUGCUGAUAAGUGCUGCUUACGAGAUGGAAUCUCUGGUAUAAGUUCUCACAAUUCUAUCAACCCGUUCAUCUUGUUAAAACCACACCAGCACUCGAAAGUGUGAAUCUGUCGUUUUCACUGUUAAAGUGACAUCAGUGAUCAUCUGCCCAUAUUCUUUCCAUUUAUUUCUAUACAUGGCUCCUCACUUACUGCAGUGAAAGUUUGGUGUUUGAGGUUUCCAACUGUAGGCCACCAAGUCCCAGGUUCUAAUCCCCUUCCACCUACUUCGGUUAUCGCGACCGGGCAAUAUUCUUACGGUGUGGAAUAUACCCAAUUACCUGGUGAAUCAGUUUAUUGAGGAAAACUACAAUCCUAAAUUGAAAGUUGUUUUCGUGAAAAGCGAACGGUCUGAUUAUCCUAAUGGUGCAUCCAGCUCCUCAACUGACUAAAGUCGUCAUAUCAGCUAGUCAAAACCAGUUGUCCUCAUAUGCUUUACUUUUCGCCAUAAAAGUCAGUAUGAUUACAGAAACGAGUUCCAAGUACUACCGAGCCCCCAAAUGUCCUGGUACGGCCGAGAUUGGGGAGAGUCCGCUCUCCCUCUCGAAAUGCUAUCACAUGGCCACGCGUAUAUAGUCUCUGUCAGGGAAGUCCUACUCACUACCUUCUCGUGGCGGUGGUGUUGUUUACGGAAAUGAGAGAACGAAAAGCAUAUGUCCGGCGCUUUAACCGGGUCGGUGGACACGGAGAGUCCGCCUAGGGGAGUUGGAAAACCCUGAUUCCAAACCAGUGGUGUAAAUGGGGUCCAGCAUCCUGAGAGAACAAAUGGUGUAUGGACUAAUUAUUUUUUACCGGCUAUCAUGGGACUGCAUCUCCUUACGUUUCUCCACUGCCUUGUGGACCAAACCUUAAGGUCGAAUGUUCCAGGUGUGGUCCCUGAGAAAAUCACUUGUUUUGGUCUGGGCACCCGGACAGUAUCCCAGCCCCUAUAUAAAUCGAGUAAUUUAUGUAGCGCGUAUGUUUGGUGCCUCCAAUAUCUACCAAUAUCUAUGUGUUCAAAUAAAUAAAUAAAUGAAUAAAUUACUGUAUAUCUUCAACUACUGGUUACAGUUUACAUGCGCACAUCCACGAGGUAGGUUUAUCUCACUAGCAUGAAUCGAAUCAAUUAGUCAUACACAUUGGUUUGAUCACUUCUACCUUUCUCCCAACAUAUACACAAAUAAUCCAUCAUUGCAUGUAAAGAUAGUCGGUAGUUGGGCAUACGUACUACAUCCCAAUCGUUCUAGCCGAUGAAAAUCCAGUUUAUCAACAUCCACUUUACUUCUCCAUUGUUAUUAUUGAUCUAUACCUCCCAAAAAAAAGUAUUCGAUAAAAAUCAUCUCUAUAACUGUAUGGUCUAAUUCAACAUAAUCGGGAAGUUUAAUUGGCAAUUAAAUAUAGAUUUAAAAUUUACUCGAACUCUGUAAUCAGUGUAUAUGUUCUAAGAAACUUUAAUGACAAUUCAAAUUCCACAGGAACGUCAUACAGUAUGUGAAUCUGGGAAAAAGCCAACAUUCAUGUGUCACCUAUCCUGUUUUCUUAAAAGUAAUGAGUGUCCAGAGGAUAUUUCACAACUGAUAGGUUUUCGUAAAUUGUCGACUGUCGAUCAGGAUGCAGUUGUUUUGGCAUUUCGUGAAAACUCAAAGGAAAAUCGUAAACGUCCUGGACAGCAAACUGAACAAGAUUCAAAAUUGAAAAAACCUAAAUUAAAUGGAGAUGUUGAACAGGAUGAAUUACGUAAACAAAAUAAAUUAUUAUGGAGUUUAAGAGAUAAACUAGAAAGUCAAGUAUCCAAAGAAGCAUUAAUUGGUUUAUUGGAAUACAAUAAACAACAUGUUCCAUCUGGAUUAUCUCGUCUAUUAGAUGCAGUUGCUGACGCUAUGAUAUUCGGUGCUCUACCAUAUUGUCCUAGUUGUAAAAAUGGACCAUUACAUUAUAGUAAUGGACAGUUUAAAUGUAGUGCUAUGGCAACUGAAUGGGUUCAAUGCCUUUAUUAUACACGGACACCUGAUCGAAGAAAGUUUAAAAUACCUGAGGAAUAUCAUGAUGUUGAUUUUUUAAAAAAUUACAAAUAUGUUAAGCGUACACGAUUAUUUCCACCUGAUUCAGUGUCUGAUGUUACUGGUCCAUUAACUGGCCUGUUUUUCUACAUUACAAAUGGACCAUUCGACAGCGGAAAAACAAAAGAACAAUUAAUACGUGAAUUGGCCAAUCUAGGUGGUGCUAUUAUGAGUAAGCUCAGUGUUAAUUCAAUUGUUGUCUCCACAUUGAACGAAUUGGAACAAAUUCAAAGUGAUAAUAAUGAUACGAAUAAAACUUACUCGAAAGAAGCUCUGACAACUGCACGUUCUUACGGUUUACGUGUCAUUAAUGAACACUUCUUAUCAGAAUUCAAUCCUAACAGUUUGGACUCUAAAAAAUUGGAAUCGAAAAUCCAGCAACUCUUAGCCAAAUAUACAAUAUCCAAUUGGGAGGUGAAGGCUCGUGCAUUAAAAAUUGAGAAAGAGGUGAAAAAUUUACUAUUGAAUGAUGAUAACGGUGAACAAGAAAUGAUGCGAAUGAUAAUGAAAAAUGGUGCAGUGGUCGAUCCUCAAUCAGAACUGGUCAAUAAAGCCACAGUAUUGAAAGAUGAGAAGGGAGAAUUCAUGACUGCUGUACUCGGUAUGGUUGAUUUAAUCAAAGGUUCCAAUUCAUUUUACAAACUUCAAGCGCUUCAGUCUGAUAAAUCAUCACGUUGUUGGGUAUUUCGCGCAUGGGGUCGUAUUGGUACAUCGAUUGGUGGCACUAAAAUUGAAUCGUUUCCUAAUGCCACUUCAGCUCGUUCAACAUUCAAAGAGAUUUAUUUUGAAAAAACUGGCAAUGAAUGGGAGGAUCGUAAAAACUUUCGUAAAAUGCCACAUAAAUUCUAUGAGUUAGAAUUAGAUUAUAACUCUUCAAAGAAGAAUGAAAUUCAAACUAUCAGUAAUAUACCAUGUAAACUACACCCGGCUCUACAAUCGCUCUUAAAAUUUAUUUGUGAUGUUAAAUCUAUGGAAAAAACAAUGGCGGAGUUUGAACUUGAUCUAAGAAAAAUGCCUUUGGGUAAACUGUCUAGUAAUCAAAUUCAUGAAGCUUAUGAUGUAUUGAAUUCUCUCAGUAAACUUGUUAGUUCACGUCCUUCUACUAAACAACAAUCUCAAACAUUGGAUCGAACACAAAUACUAAGUGAAUCUACACGUUUCUAUACAUUGAUCCCGCAUGAUUUCGGUUUCAAAACACCACCAAUGUUAGAUAAUAAGAAAAUUAUUACCAAGAAAAUACGCAUGUUAGAAGAUCUGUUAGAAAUUGAAUUAGCUUAUAAAAUGCUACAAACUAAAGGAGAUUCUAAACGUAAUCCAUUGGAAGAGCAUUAUGAACAGUUGCAUACUAAAUUAGAGCCUUUAGAUAGUAAUUGUGAAGACUAUAAAUUGAUUUUGGAUUAUGUACGUGAGACUCAUGGCGCUACACAUACACAAUAUACACUCGAAGUAUUAAAUAUCUUUGAAGUACAUCGUGAUGGAGAGGAUAGUCGUUUUGCCAAGUGUAAAAUUGCUCAACAUAAUAAACAGUUGUUAUGGCAUGGUUCACGUCAAACAAAUUGGAUGGGUAUAUUAUCUCAAGGUUUACGAAUUGCACCGCCUGACGCUCCAGUUACUGGUUAUAUGUUUGGCAAAGGUAUUUAUUUCGCUGAUAUUGUCAGUAAAUCAGCUAAUUACUGUUUUACGACACAAUCUCAACCGGAAGGACUCUUACUAUUAUGUGAAGUUAUCCUAGGUGAUAUGAAUGAAUGUUUACAAGCGGACGCGAGUGACUUGCCACCAAACUAUCAUAGUCGUAAAGGCAUUGGGUCAGUUACUCCGGAUCCGUCGACAUUUCACACCAAUAAAGAUGGUGUUGUUUAUCCUAUUGGUAAACCGAUUGAUUCAAAUGUAGCAAAUACCACUUUGUGUUAUAAUGAAUACAUUGUAUACCAUGUAUCACAAGUGAAACAAAAAUAUUUAGUUCGAGUGAAAUUUCAUUACAAAUGAACAACAAAAACGAAAUUGUUUUUUGUUCACAGCUAAAAAUUGUCAUCUCAAUUACUCUAUUUCUUAUAUCAAUCGUUUUGCUCAUGGUGUGUGUACGUGUCGUUGAUUAAUCUCGGUGCGUUUAUUACAUACAAUCAAUUUUAUUAUUCUCCGGUGUCUGAAUCAUUUCGAGUAUUCUUUUCAUUUAUCUUCUGUUGCAUUUAAGACUAACAGUAUUAUUAUUUUCAUUAUUAUCAUCUAUAGAGCUUAACAUAUAUACAUUCGUAUCAUUCAUUUGAACUCCUGAGAUCAUUUCACAGAGUCAAUAAAUCAAUCAAAUACGUUCAU